GUGAUGACGCUACGACGCUGACGCCGGAGAAUGGCGGCGGCGGCGGCCGUGGCCGCGACCGGGAAACGGUCCGCUGAGCCACGGAGACGCCGAAGAGCCAGCCGCCCGCUCGAGGUGUAGACAGGGCACUGCCUGAGGAGCAGGUCCUGCCGCCCUCACUGGAGAGGAUGCCCCUGUGUCCGUGAUGGGCUGUGGGACAAGCAAAGUCCUUCCUGAGCCAACCAAAGAUGUCCAGCUGGAUCUGGUCAAGAAGGUGGAACCCUUCAGUAGUACUAAGAAUGAUGUGUGCAAGCACUUCAUCACAGAAGUGGAAAAUGUUGGUCCUUUCAAAGCUGGAUUUCCAGCUGCCAGUCAAUAUGCACAUCCUUCCCCCAGUGCCCCCACUAGCGGCCACACAGAGCCUCCCUCAGAACCACCACGCAGGGCCAGGGUGGCUAAGUACAGAGCCAAGUUUGACCCACGUGUGACUGCUAAAUAUGACAUAAAGGCUCUGAUUGGCCGAGGCAGCUUUAGCAGAGUGGUACGUGUGGAGCACCGAGCAACCCAUCAGCCAUAUGCCAUCAAGAUGAUUGAGACAAAGUACCGAGAAGGACGGGAGGUAUGUGAGUCUGAGCUGCGUGUGCUGCGCCGGGUCCGCCACGCCAACAUCAUCCAGCUGGUAGAGGUGUUCGAGACACAGGAGCGGGUGUACAUGGUGAUGGAGCUGGCCACCGGUGGUGAACUCUUCGACCGCAUCAUUGCCAAGGGUUCCUUCACUGAGCGGGAUGCCACAAGGGUUCUACAGAUGGUGCUGGAUGGUGUUCGGUAUCUGCAUGCCCUGGGCAUCACACACCGAGACCUCAAGCCUGAAAAUCUACUCUACUACCACCCAGGCACUGACUCCAAGAUUAUCAUCACUGACUUUGGCCUGGCCAGUGCCCGCAAGAAAGGUGACGAUUGCCUGAUGAAGACUACCUGUGGUACACCUGAGUACAUUGCGCCUGAGGUCCUAGUCCGCAAGCCUUACACCAACUCCGUUGAUAUGUGGGCACUGGGGGUCAUCGCCUACAUUCUGCUCAGUGGCACCAUGCCCUUUGAGGAUGACAACCGCACCCGGCUGUACCGGCAGAUACUCAGGGGCAAGUACAGUUACUUGGGGGAGCCCUGGCCCAGUGUAUCCAACCUUGCCAAAGACUUCAUUGACCGCCUGCUGACAGUGGACCCUGGAGCUCGGAUGACUGCACUACAGGCCUUGAGGCACCCAUGGGUGGUGAGCAUGGCAGCCUCUUCAUCCAUGAAGAAUCUGCAUAGAUCCAUCUCCCAGAACCUCCUCAAGCGUGCCUCCUCUCGCUGCCAAAGCACCAAGUCUGCCCAGUCCACACGUUCUAGUCGUUCCACACGCUCCAACAAGUCUCGCCGUGUGCGGGAGCGAGAGCUGCGGGAGCUCAACCUGCGCUAUCAACAGCAGUAUAAUGGCUGAACCACCAGCUGUGACUUAGAUAUGACACAGUCUCAGCCUCGCUGCUUUCUGCUGUGCCGUCUGAGAUCAGUACCCUCUCUGGAGGUAGGCCUCAUGGCUAGUGGUACGAAGAGAAUGUCUGGCUCCAGCCCCUUCUCUGUGCCUUAGUAAUCUCUGUCCUUACCAUGGGUAUGCCCCAGC